UAGCAGGGCUACAGGAGAGGGAGUUUGAGAGCAUCCAGUGUGGAGAGGGAGGCUCUGACAAUCUGUUGGCAAACCCUUCUCAACUGGAGAGCCGCAGGGCACAGAGACCACUUGUCAGACAUGACUGAGAGCACAGCUGCCACAGCUGGCAAGCCCAAACGCGGCAAGGCAGCCCGGAAACCCGCCAACCACCCCAAGUACUCCGAGAUGAUCGUCGCCGUGGUCACGGGGGCAAGCAGCCGGACGGGCCUGUCCAGGCAGGCCAUCCAGAAGCUGGUCAAGUCCCAGUACAAGCUGGCGGAGAACGCCGACAGCCAGAUCAAGCUGUCGCUGGUCAAGCUGGUGACCAAGGGGGUGCUGGAGAAGACCAAAGGCAUCGGGGCCUCGGGCUCCUUCAAGCUGUCGAAGGGCGAGGAGCCGAGGAAGGCGGCGGUCAAGAAAGCCAAGAAGCCGGUGAAGAAGAGCGCCUCGCCCAAGAAGGUGGCCAAGCCCAAGAAGGUGGCCAAGCCCCCGGCCAAAGCCAAGAAGAGCAAGGUGAAGAAGGCGGUGAAGAAAGCAGCCCCCCCCAAAAGCACAAAGAAGGCCAAGCCAGCCAAAGCGAAGCCAGUCAAAGCGAAGCCAGUGAAGAGGAAGGCCAAGCAGACAAAAACCAGCAAACCAAAAGCAAAAAGCAGCACAAAGAAAUCGGCCUCCAAAAAGAAGUGAUGGAAUUGGUCCAGUCCGUAGAGUCACACAGACUUUUAGCCAUUUCUGUAAAUAGUUGUUUUAAUGUUUUUUUUCUAUCAAACUUUGGUUGAUCUUAUUGCUGGGAGUUAGUGAGGAAAACAUAGCGCUUUUUUUCAUCAUGAAUGCAGUAAUUCUAAGGUGGUUGAAAUUUGCUGUACUUUGUAGUAAUUUUCAAGCUGGUUUCAUGUUUUUAUGUACAAAACUUGUCAAUUGAGUUUAGCCAUGCAAAGGAAAAAAGAUUUUCUUAUGAAUUCAAUUACCGUCCUUAAGUUUCAAAUAAAAAAAAUCAACUUGA